CGGUCCCCAUCCAAGCAGACAUUACAAGGACGAGAAGCACCAAGCGGCCAGCAGUCAACACCAGCACGUUGUCCCGAGAGCAAGUAAUUCCCAGCAUUCCGCGCUCAGCUGCCUCCAGAGUACUCCCUGUCCUCACGCCGUCAAAGUGCUCUAAGUGAACUGGAUUUCCUGUCCCGUAUCCAUAAACCUGAUGAAUUAACACUAAAGACAUAUAACUAAAUACUCGGGUGUGGGUUUUAUCUGUUCUUUCGUUGGAUUAAACGAAAUGGCGAGGAAGAUGAUGAUUUUCCUGUACUUGUCCGCCGUGGCUGUGAUCGUGAGUGGCCAGGAAAUAUCCUCAAAUGUUCCGAACUUCUGCUUUGACCCUCCAGAAGUGGGAAUAUGCCGCGCUCACUUCCCAUCUUUCUACUUCAACACCAAAACGAAAUCUUGCGACUGUUUCAUCUACGGCGGGUGUUUAGGCAAUGAUAACAGAUUUCCAACCCUACAGGAGUGCAUGCAGGCGUGUCAUGUUCGACCCAGCCUGCAGAAGAACUCAGCGAAGUGCGAUAAGGUCUUGGGAAGUGACAACCCUCUGGCGAAUGAGCAAAUACUGAACGCUAUAAGGCAAAUGUCUCCACUACCACCUCAUCAUAAAUCACCGUUCCUAGCACCUCCUGAGCAGGCACCAGUGUUUCAAGACGACCCUCAGCAGACCCCACCUCAGCAGUCCCCUCCUCAGCAGACAGGACUGUUUCAAGACGAUCCUCAGCAGACCCCACCUCAGCAGCCCCCUCCUCAGCAGACACCACUGACUCAAGACGAUCCUCAGCAGACCCCACUGAUUCAACACGACCCUCCUCAGCAGAUUCCACCGUUCCAACAGCCACCGCCACCUCAGCAGAGCCAACUGUACCAACCACCUCAGCAGAGCCAACUGUACCAACCACCUCAACAGACCACCCGACCUCAGCAGAUCCCACAAUUCCAGCACCGACCUCAGCAGAUCCCACAAUUCCAGCACCGACCUCAGCAGAUCCAUGUAUGCCCACAACCCCAGCUGACACACCGACCAGUGACCCAGCCCCAGCAGACGCAGUAUUACCAACGACCACAACAGACACAGCACUACCAACGACCACUAGGCCAGCUGAUCCCACCAGCACUACAGACGUGGACACACACAAACACAGACGAGGAUAUAGUGGUCAGUCAGAUCUUCCAAGCUAUGGGCAUAACACAGGGUACCCUUUACAUCGGCCAGCCAGCUUACCCCAUACCUCGAUGGAUGCCAAUUAACGCUGACAACUAAGACGACGAGGCAUUCAGUGGCAUUUAAAUGGGAUAGAAACUCAUACAAGAAGCAUCGUAGUUUUAGGAGACUUAUAAACGAAGCACAAAAGUGAUUAACCUCGUAAUGUCUAAGAUAAUGUGUUAAGUGUUUACAUGUAAGCAAAAUACAAUGCAGCCAUAACAACAUU